AUGGCCGAGGUCCCUCUCUUCCAAUAUGGAUGGACAACCACCAGGGUACCACUGCUGGGCCCCCAUGGCUCUGUCGUCGACAAGUUGAGUGUAUUCUCCGUGUCAAGCGAAUCUCACGUCCCAUGGAUCAAAACCGUCGCUGGCUUGGCCACCCCCGGCUACGUCCAGGUUGCGAUCCUGGUCAUCUCCUUCUUGUGGACUCUGGCCAGUGUUCAGGCGUCAAAGAAGAUCAAGGUCACCGCCCAUAACUCAAAGGCAUCCCAGAUCUCCGUCGGCUUUGAGCUUUGCUCGCAGAUCACUCGUACCUGCGCCCUGGCCUUCAUUAUCAUUGCCGCAGUCAGGGGCGACACACAGCAGUGGUACAACGUCGUGCUCGUCGCUGGCGCCUUUGUCUUCGGCCUCACCAGGCUCGCUAGCAGCUUGCAAUGGCGCCAUACCGCCCUGCACCAGGUAAACUUCCUCCUCGGAACCUCUCUGCUGCUACUAGCCGCCGCGGAGGUUCUGCCCUUGUUGGAGAUGAAUUCAACGCACCGUCCUGGAGACAUGAUUAUUGGUGCACUUGCGUCCCUCGCUGCUGCCAAUCUCGUCGCGAUCACCACUCCCAGAGAGUGGGCACCGCCUCCGGUAAUCUUCGAACUGCUGGACGGCCCAGAGAAAAUAGCCCCUGCGCCAGAGGAGACAUGCAGCUGGUGGAAUCUUUACCUCACCUUUGAGUGGCUGACUCCCCUGAUCUGGAAAGGCUGCCGAAGGUCAGUCGACAUGGACGAGCUGCCGCCUCUGCCAUGGUAUGACGAGCCCCUAUACCUUCUCUCCAAGAUCCAGGAAGCCCGCGCCAAGAGCAGCGACACCUUGUGGACAGUCCUGCGUUUCUUGCGCAAGGAGAUACCUCUGAUGACCUUCUUUGCGGGCACCUGUUACGCGGUCGAGCUUGUGGCACCGUUCGCCAUGUAUCAACUCCUGGCCUACCUCUCUAACCCCGACAAGGCGGUCCUCAGCCCUGUCGUCUGGCUGGUGCUCUUGUUCGUUGGCCCAAUGACCAAGACUGUCCUGUUCCAGCAGUACAUCUUCACCUCAACCCGGUUGAUCAUCCGUGUCAAAGCUGCCAUGACGCAAGAGCUAUACCACCGGGCAAUGUCCUCGAUGGAGCUGGACGGAGACGUUCUGAACGACGCCCAGGGCCAGCAGGCCACGGCGAAGAAGACAACACACGCUGGCCAGCUGCAGAACCUGAUGUCCGGCGAUAUUGACGCGAUCUGGCAGGCACGGGAUGUUGUCUUGAUAGGGGUUGGGGCCCCUGUAGGCAUAAUACUCUCCUUCGUAGGUCUUUACACGAUUCUGGGUUGGCCAGCUCUCAUCGGCUCCGCCCUCAUCGUGAUCGCGAUACCUGUUCCGACAUACGUCGCGCAGUUGAUGGGCAAAAGCCAGCGCCAGGUCAAGGCAACGCAAGACGCCCGGAUAUCCCUGAUUUCCGAGUACCUCGGGUCGAUCAGGGCCAUCAAGUAUUUUGCCUGGGAAGAUGCCAUGGCGAAGAUAAUCGAUAAUGCUCGCGACGCGGAACAGAAAGUGCUGUGGAGGAUCGCCGUUCUCUACACACUACUCGGCGAGGCCGUAGAGUUCAUGCCAAUGGUUUCUCUCGUCGUCAUGUUCACUCUGUACACCAGCGUGCUCAAAGAACCCCUCACGGCGCAGGUUGCCUUCACGGUUCUGUCGCUUGUUGCCACGAUGAGGAACAACAUCGGCAUGUUUGGCUAUCUUUCGAAGAAUGUCACCAAUGCCUGGAUCUCCUUCGACCGCCUCAACAGGUAUUUUACCAACACAACACCACUGAUUACUUACCCGGAAGGGCCACUCCGGAUUGAGAAUGCCACGUUCAGGCGAAACAAGAAGGCGGACUUCACCCUGAAGGACGUCUCCAUAGACUUUGUCGGAGGAGGCUUGAACACCAUCUUCGGCGCGUCCGGAAGCGGAAAGACGACUUUGCUGCUGUCGAUCCUGGGGGAGACCAUCAAGGAAUCAGGAGCGGUGACACGGCCUGAUGAUGUCGCGUUUUCCUCCCAGACGGCAUGGCUCCAGAGUGCGUCCAUCAGAGAGAACAUCCUGUUUUCCAGCCCCAUGGAGGAGGCCCGCUACAAGCGCGUCAUCGAGGCCUGCUGCCUCCCGCUGGACCUCUCCGAGCUCCCCGACGGGGACGAGACGGAAGUGGGAGAGAACGGGACGGCCCUGUCGGGCGGCCAAAAGGCACGCGUUGCCCUCGCGCGAGCGCUCUACUCAAAGGCGCCCCUGCUCCUCCUGGACGACAUCUUUUCCGCACUCGACUCUAAGACCACUGCAUCCGUGUGGGAGCAGUGCUUCUGCAGUGAUCUUCUGAAGGGUCGUACGGUCGUCCUCGUCACCCAGGUCAAGUGGAUCGCCGAGCAGGCCGACCUGCACGUGGUGUUGGAGAACGGCUCGAUCACCAGCCAGGAGCAGCACAUCGGCGUCGUUCGAAAGCCCGUCCAAGUCGCCAAGGAUGCUAUCGAGGGCGACGGGCUAGACGCGGCAAUCCCUGCUAAUGGAAACGGAACCAAUGGCGUGAAUGGUGGUGAGGCGGCGAAGCCUGGUGCCGCGUCGAAGCCAAAGAAGGACGACAUCGCCAAGGAGAUGGAGGCAACGGGUAACACUGGUAGAAUGUCGUUCUUCCAAUACAUGACUUACUUUGGCGGCCCUGCAUACCCUAUCCUCACUCUCGUUGCGACCGUCGUUGGCACUGCUUCGCUGCUGGCCACUACUUUGUGGGUUAGUGUCUGGGUCGACGCGGUCGAUCGUAAAGAUGCUGUGGAUGUCGGGUAUUACUUGGGCAUCUACACGGCUAUAUCGGUGGGAAAUCUCAUCGUCGACGCCCUGGUGUUCCUAAUAUACGCCAACGGUGGCUGGCAGGCUGCGAAGAGGCUUCAUUCUGAGUUCGUCCGCAGCGUCAUGAAUGUUUCGCUCUCAUGGUAUAAGGACACGCCUACCGGCCGCGUCGUCAACCGGUUCUCUCGCGACAUGGCAUCCCUCGACAAUCAACUCUCCAGGAUGCUUCAGGGUACUCAGCAGCUUGCCGUCGAGCUGGUCAUCCGACUGGGCGCCGUGACGGCCAUCAUGCCUAUUUUCAUCUUGCCUGGCCUGUUCAGCUGCAUAGUUGGACUGUUAGCGGGAGAGAUGUACACGCGCACUGCGGUGGUAGUGAAGCGGCUGGUGUCCUCCUCCCAGUCACCCGUGUUCUCCCAAUUCAACGACGACAUGGCUGGGAUCCAGAUCAUCCGCGCCCGUAAGGGCAUAGCCAAGAACUUUGGAAACCUGCUGGCGGAGCGGUUGCGCCCAUUCAACCGUGCCAAUGAGACCAACUACAACCUGAACCGCUGGGUCGGCCUGCGCAUAGACUUCGUCACCGCCCUGGUAAUGGCCUGCGCGGGCGCCAUCGCCAUCUCCAAGGUCGGCCUGAUCCCCGCCGGCCUCGUGGGCUUCUCGCUCACCAACGCGAGCGGGCUGUCGUCGACGAUCCUGUACCUGGUGAGGCUCGCGAACGAGCUCGAGGUGGAGCUGCAGAGCUUCCACCGCGUGAGGGAGUACGCGUCCCUGGAGCCCGAGGAGAAGACCGAGGACGUGGCCGCCCCGGCCGCCCAACCACAGCAGCAGCAGCAGCCCACAGAGGCCCCGGCGUCGUGGCCCACCACGGGUGCGAUCGAGUUCCGCAACGUGACGAUCCGGUACGACCCGGACGGGCCGGACAUCCUCAAGGACAUCAGCCUCAAGUUCGCGGCGGGCGAGCGCGUGGCGGUGGUGGGGCGCACGGGGUCGGGCAAGAGCACGCUCGUGCUGUCGCUGCUGCGCUUCACGCACGUCGUCCGCGGGCAGAUCCUGUACGACGGCGUGGACAUCACGCACGUCCCGCGGCGGCGCCUCCGGCAGUCGCUCACAAUCAUCCCGCAGGAGGCGGUCCUCUUCAACGGCACCAUCGGCACCAACCUCGACCCGGCGGGCGAGGUCGCGCCCGAGGUCGUCGAGGGCGCACUGGCCAGCUGCGCGGGCAUCGCGAGCUUCAAGUUCCGCGACCGGGACGGACACAGACCCGGCGAGGUAAAUGGAGACCACCAAGAAGAAGAAGAAGAAGAGGGAAUCAUCUCCGACGCCCUCGCGCCCUCACCACCGACCGAGCACACCCCCCUCCUGAGCGGCCUCUCAACCCCAGCAGCAGAAGCCAUCUCGUCCUCGGCGGCGGGCCUCUCGCCCUCGACGGCGGUCGACGCGCGCGGCGAGAACUUCUCGCACGGCCAGCGGCAGGUGCUGUCCCUGUGCCGCGCGCUGGUGCGCAAGUCCAAGCUGAUGCUGCUGGACGAGGCCACCGCGUCCAUGGACUACGAGACGGACCGCGGGAUCCAGGCGGUGCUGCGGCGGGAGAUCUUUGGCGGCGGCGCGUCGGCGGACGGCGGCAGGACGCUUGUUACCAUCGCGCACCGGCUGAGGACCAUUGCUGAUUAUGAUCGUGUCUUGGUCAUGGGCGGCGGGAGGGUUCUGGAGAUGGGCUCGCCCAAGGAGCUCUUCGGGGCGAAGGGGACCUUCUACGACAUGGUGCAGCACUCGGGCGAGGUCAAGGAGCUGCAAGGCGUCUUUGGCGAUCCUGAUGAGUAA